AUGUCGACGUGGAACAAUCUGGCUUUUGCCGGUUACGACGUUGAAAAGGCAGAUAUUCUUCUUAAGGAUUCGUUGGGCGCGACAUAUCGUCUGCAGCCUACAUGGACGAAGAUUGAAAGGAGGACUGAAAUCAUACAGAGUAGGGAUGACGAUGCUGCUGCGGUGGAGGAGUUUACCGAGUCUGAGUGCAGUGCUAGCUACGUGAGCAGUGCCAGCACCUGCACAAGCGAUGAGAGCGGAGACUGUGUCUCCCCUGAGGACGGCAUUCCAAAGGAGAACGUCAAAGCAGGGGCGACGCGGGGUGACUGCAGUGCGUCAUGUGUCAAUGACCGAGGCGGUGCUGUGCCACCCGUGCACGGCACCCUGCUCACGUUGAAGAACGUUUACACGGGAGAGAAGGAAACCUUGCCGGUUGUUUCCCUGUGUACUGAACUCACUGCUGAGGAGGUGGACAGCCUUUACACCGUGAUUGUUUUAGGGUACCGCGAGGACGGCGAUGUGCUAUUGCUACCCAUGCCGAGGUUGGUUUUAGAAGAGGGCAGGCGCAUGUACCGCUGCCUGCCCGCUCUACAGCUUCCCUUGGAGAAGCUUUACGAGUACUAUGAUUUCAAUAACACGACUGACUAUGACGCAAACAGAGAAACGGCGUUCUUCAAACUACCGCUUGGCGAGGAUGCCAUGACUGCCCCUCACUUGGAGCGGGCCCCGCUGAGCCAGGUUUACAAUGUAUCUACAGACAGGGUCUAUUACUUGUCCGCGUGGUCAGCUUACGUGCAGUUUGUGGGUGUGGCGUGGGGAGUGCCGUGGUUGAGGGUAUUUACCGUGGAAGAUGCGGGCGGUGGCACUCGCCCAGACUGCGGUGAGGAGGCUAAUUCGUUUUCGUGCAUGAAGCCUCUCCCCUCUUGCCAUGACGAGCGUCAGUUGUGCGGGGCUUACGGGCUUUGCGAGUGGGCGCAAACGACACAGACGUCAGACGCCGUCGCUGCCCCUGUUUUGCCCAUUGCCGACAUGGCGGGAGAGGAGGAGAAGUGGAAAAGCUGCUGGCGGCAGAUCCGCGAGGUCGGCGGCGGGGCCGUCCCUCGCCUAAUUCCAACGCCGGCCCUCUUGCCCCGCCACCGCUACCUUUCACCCCCCGCAAGUGGAAACGCGCUUCUGGGCUCAACGCAACAGACAGUGACGCAAUUUCACAUGAAACAUCGCUCGUGGCUGGCGGCAGCGAUGAAAAUUGCACUGCGUGCUCCGCCGGCGCUAUGA